AUGGAUCUGAUAUAUGCCAAUUGUGACUUAAACCUCGCCGUGUCUUGCGCAGCAAAUGCGCAGGAAGGUGCCUUUGUUGAACGAGAUCCAGAAUUUCUACAACCCGCCCAUGUCUAUGUUCCCCUAUCAGUGGAUUUACGUCAUACAGAAGACCGACGCUGGUCUGAUGCAUCAAGCGCCUCAACAUCGAACAGUGAGCAAAGAGCUGUAUCAGACGAGGGACACACUACCAACGAAGACAUGGAUGUCGCUGUACAAUCGCAGUUAGUGACGAUAUUCAUGGGGCAAUACGAUUUCUCAUCGUCUCUCUGGGACCUUCCUCUACAAAAACGGGGAUGGGUAGUUCAGGAAAGAAUCAUGGCUCCGCGUACGAUAUACUUCGGCAAAGACCGCAUCUACUGGGAAUGCAAUGAGAAGCUUUUGAAUGAACAUCUCCCCUGGGGAACUCCAAUGUCUGGCGAACUGUUCGACUACCACUACAAGAAAGAGUUUUCCUUACCAUACGUGGUAGCAAACCCCCCAGUAGCGCCAUUAGCCGAUGGGACCAUUGGGUCGCUGCAUCUGAAUUGGCAUUCGACUGUUCAAGAUUAUAGCGGAACGGAGUUGACUUUUCCGAACAAGGAUAAGCUUGUGGCAAUUGCUGCGCUGGCUACCAGAUACGGUCGAGUUUUCCAAAGCCCGUAUGAAGCCGGACUGUUUCAGUCGGAUCUCCCAAUCGGGCUGUUGUGGACUGAAAAUCUCCCAGAAUUGCGCAGAUCUUGCACAGGAAACGAAUGGACAUACGAACAAGGUUGGCAGGAGCAAGUUCGGCCAGACAGCCGGCGGAAUCCUGAUUUUCGAGCACCUUCCUGGUAA